AUGGGAAUUCCGUGGGAAAAGCCGAUUCCCUCCGCAGACUCGGGCGGCGCCGUCGGAAGCUCCGACGUCGUGAUCCUGCUGCACGGAUUCCCCACUUCCAGCUACGACUGGAGCAAGAUCUGGGAAGGGCUGACCCAGCGCUUCCACCGGGUGAUCGCCCUGGAUUUCCUGGGAUUUGGCUUCAGCGACAAGCCCAGGCCCCACCGCUAUUCCAUCUUCGAGCAGGCCGACGUCGUGGAAGGGCUCGCGCGGCACCUCGGCCUCCAGCGCCACCGGAUCAACCUCCUGGCCCACGACUACGGGGACACGGUGGCCCAGGAGCUGCUCCACAGGUACGAGCACAAUAAAACCGGGAGCAUCCUGAUCAACAGCCUCUGCUUAUCCAACGGAGGGAUUUUUCAGGAAACAUACCACCCCAGGUUCAUCCAGAAGCUCCUCCAGGACGGGGGGUUGCUGUCCCCCCUCCUCCUGCGCCUGAUGAACUUCUUCUUCUUCUCCAGAGGGCUUGGAGCAGUUUUUGGGCCCCACACACAGCCCUCCCAGGCGGAAUUCUGGGAUAUGUGGACGGCGGUGCGGAAUAACGACGGGAAUCUUGUCAUGGACAGUGUUUUGCAGUACAUCAACGAGAGGAAGCAGCACAGUGGCCGCUGGGUCGGGGCUCUGGUGUCCACCUCUGUCCCACUGCAUCUCAUCUACGGCCCCCUGGACCCUGUGAAUCCACACCCGGAGUUUCUCCAGCUUUACAGGAAGCUGCUUCCCAUGUCCACAGUGUCCGUGCUGGAUGACCACAUCAGCCACUAUCCCCAGCUGGAGGAUCCCACGGGAUUCCUGAACUCGUACCUCAACUUCAUCAACUCCUUCUGAGCUGCUGCCGCUCCAGUUCUCGCCCUCUGCUUCCCAGUCAGGCUUUGGGGGGCAGGAAAAAACCUUGGCUUUACCUCCCAGAGCCAACACUUUGAACUCAGGGCUGCACUCGGGCAGUUAAACCCUUUGGAACACCGGGAAAACAUCAGGCAGGUGUGGGAAAAGCAAAGAGUUCCGGGAUGCCAACAGCUCUCCCACCCUCUGGACCGGCCUAACCCUGGAUUUAGAGGUGAACUCAGCAUUAAAUCAGUGUUUCUUCCUUCCUCCCUCACCCUGGCUUGGUAAAGAAACACCAGCUCAGCAGCAGAGAGGUCCCUCCAUCCCCUCCCCUUCCCAGUUUUUGCUAUGGGAUGUUUCCCAUUCCAGCCCAGUACAGGCUGCACCGGUGUUGGGAAUUACCUGACAUAAACCUGCCUCAGGAGAUGAAGUUCCAUCUCUUUUGCACAUGGAUUUUCCCACC